CAGGAUCAUAAAAUAUAGCUGUAGAUUGAUUUUCUUUCUAUUUAAGCUGUGAGAAUACCUUCUCCAGGAUUACAAUCUUGCUAUCUGGUACACCUAAAGCCACAUUCUGCUUCAGUAAGUAUCAAGCACAUGAUUCGACAGCUUUGUACCUAAACCACAUCCAGAAAUGAAAUUAGUUCACAUUGCACAAGAAGAGAGACUGCAAAAUAAUAGAAGUGGGCAGCCAUAUGGAACACAUCACACUGCUUUAUGUCCCUUUGUUGACAACAUAGUGAAAUAAAACUUCAACCAGACAUCAUGUUGCCAGUAUAUUUGACGAGAAGGUCAGAAUGAAUGAAUGAUGAUAAGCAGGUUACUCACCAGCACCUAACCCAAGGUAAGGUGCCAGAACACCCAAUGUCAUUAUGUAUACAAGAUAGCACCACCUUCCUUCUUCUCAAGGUGGCAUGCAACGGAUCCAACACAAAUGCCACUGUCAUAGGCUGAAAAAGGUCGUCUUAGGUUCAGAGAUGUAUGUGUUAUCUCUAGCUGACCAUAAAUAUUGCUCGAUGGAAUGUAAGGCGGGUCGUUAUUGUGUCUAUCUGGCUCGUUUUCUUCUUUUCUUUCUUUUGGGCAGUAAAACCUACAAUUUCUUUCAUUUUAUUGACUUCUACUAUAAUUCAUAGGGAAAACCCUGUUAUGCUUAUACAAUGACUUGCAGCCCCAGUUUCCAACAUUUGUGCUUUCAUUCCGAGUUGAUGGCAAAAUUAACAUUUUCUGUAAUCAGAAUUGCGCUUUCAUUGUUAGCAUGCCGAUUAUUACCGAUGUUCUCGAUUUACUAAUCUAAAGCAUUUGUGUCCUGGACGGCAAAAACAGUGGGGUUAAGAUUUUAGGUGAAAAAGCAAGCAAACGCAUUGAAGAAGUAAAAAGAAACAAGGCUGGAAAAAUCAAAAUGGUAUGAAAUAAAACGAAACCCAAAAAAAAGAAAAAUCUUUAGAAUCUUGAUUCACACACGUGUAGAUGAUGUUUGUGCAGUCCUCAAAGAAUUAUUUGCGCCCUUGUCUUCUAGCUCCCACCUCAAGUCUUGAAAUCAAGAACCCAUAAACGCUCAGGAUGAAGGCAGAGAAGAGGAAGGGGAAGGCGGUGGUGGUGGGGGGCAGCAUAGCAGGAUUAUCCUGUGCACAUGCCCUGAUCGCCGCCCGGUGGGAAGUGGUGGUUCUGGAGAAAACAUGCUCACCUCCGACGGGUUGCGCCACCGGUGCUGGACUCGGACUCGAUCCUUUGGCACAGAACGUCAUUCAGUCAUGGCUCAAGCAACCCGGCAUCCUUGAGCUCACCACCUUGCCACUCACGAUUGAUCAAAACCAGGCAACAGGUGGGGAGAAGAAGACCAACUGGAUGCUCACAAGAGAUGAGAACUUCAAUUUUAGAGCAGCAUACUGGUCUGAUCUGCAUAGACUUCUAUACAGUGCAUUACCACCAGAGAUCGUUCGCUGGGGACAUAUAUUCCUCUCCUUUUCCGUUUCUGAUGACAAAACUUAUGUGAAAGUAAAGAGUAGAACUUUUCAAACUGGUGAUAUAGUUGAAGAAGUUGGCAAUUUGCUUAUUGCGGCUGAUGGUUGUCUCUCUUCAAUACGUCAGCAUUUCUUUCCUGACCUUAAAUUGAGAUAUUCAGGUUAUUGUGCAUGGAGAGGGGUGCUUAAUUUCUCAGACAAUGAGAACUGGGAAACCAUUCUAGCACUUAAGAAGGCUUUCCCUGACCUUGGGAAAUGCUUAUAUUUUGACCUUGGUUCAGGAACUCACACUGUGUUUUAUGAGCUGUUAAGCAAAAGGAUAAACUGGAUUUGGUAUGUUAAUCAACCAGAACCACAACUUAAGGGAAACUCAGUAACCUUGAAAGUUAGCGAUGAGAUGAUUAGAACCAUGCACGAAGCAGCAGAGAAGGUCUGGUUACCUGAAUUGGUGAAAGUAAUACGAGAAACAAAAGAGCCAUUCUUGAAUGUCAUAUACGACAGUGAGCCUCUAGAGAGAAUUGUUUGGGACAAUGUCGUUUUGAUUGGAGAUGCAGCUCAUCCAACUACUCCUCAUGGUUUGAGAAGCACAAACAUGUCCAUACUGGAUGCUUCAGUCCUGGGAAAAUGUCUUGAGAAAUGGGGAGUCGAAAAUCUAAACUCCGCUCUCAAAGAGUAUCAAUCUACUCGUCUGCCAGUCACCUCAAAGCAGGUUCUAUUUUCACGAAGACUGGGGUGUAUCAAGCAAGGUCUAGUCCUUCCUGAUCGUGAGUCCUUUGAUCCAAUUAUAGCAAGCCAAAACGAUUGCGAGGAGCUGCAGCAAAAGAACAUGCCUUUUCUACACGACAUUCCUUCUAUACUGGGUAACAGUAUGCUACCAUUGGAGCAUUGACCUACCGUUCUUGUGGACCGUUGUUAUGAUAUUUGUCUUUUAUGUAACUUGAAGUGGUAUGAGUUAUGUAAUUCAGAUACAAUCUAGAAGCAAUAACAUAAGGAUCAACUGCAGAAUGGAUAA